UAAAACCUCCAGCAAUCUCACGAGCAGCUUCUGCGAGUUCGCACCGCAGCAGCAAGGGGACGGAGGGAGCAAUCGAUCGGAGGCAAUGGAGAACGGCGGCGGCGACGUUCCGGAGAACGCCAACGACCAUUGCCCGGGGACGCAGUCGGAGUCGGCGGGGAAGGCGGACGCGUGCGCCGGGUGCCCCAACUAGCAGAUCUGCGCCACCGCGCCCAAGGGCCCUGACCCCGAUCUGCUUGCCAUCAUUGAGCGAAUGAAUACCGUGAAACACAAGAUACUGGUACUGUCUGGAAAGGGUGGUGUUGGGAAGAGUACAUUUUCAGCCCAGCUCUCAUUUGCCCUUGCUGAGAUGGACUAUCAAGUUGGACUUCUUGACAUAGACAUUUGCGGUCCUAGCAUCCCAAAAAUGUUAGGCCUUGAAGGCCAGGAUAUCCAUCAAAGCAAUCUUGGUUGGUCUCCGGUGUAUGUUGAGUCCAACCUAGGUGUCAUGUCAAUUGGAUUCAUGCUGCCCAACCCAGAUGAUGCUGUUAUAUGGAGAGGUCCUCGCAAGAAUGGACUCAUCAAACAAUUCUUGAAGGAUGUUGAUUGGGGGGAGAUUGACUAUCUUGUGGUGGAUGCACCUCCAGGAACAUCUGAUGAACAUAUUUCAAUUGUGCAGUACCUCCAGAUCGCAGGAAUUGAUGGGGCAAUCAUUGUGACCACGCCGCAGCAAGUUUCUCUGAUUGACGUGAAGAAGGAGAUAAACUUUUGCAAGAAGGUUGGCGUUCCAGUCUUGGGAGUCGUUGAGAACAUGAGUGGCUUGAGGCAGGCAUUUUCAGAUAUGAAAUUCGUGAAGCCAAGUGAGGUGGGAGAGACAGAUGCCACAGAGUGGGCACUGAAUUAUAUCAAGGAGAAAGCUCCAGAGCUUUUAUCUGUUGUGGCAUGCAGUGAGGUCUUCGAUAGCAGUAAGGGUGGUGCUGAGAAGAUGUGCCAGGAAAUGGAGGUCCCUUUUCUUGGCAAGGUUCCCAUGGAUCCCCAGCUCUGCAAGGCGGCAGAGGAAGGUAGAUCGUGCUUCACCGAUCAAAAAUGCAGUGCAAGUGCUCCCGCUCUUAAAAGCAUAAUCAAGAAGCUGGUCAAGAAGCAGUGAAGAUAUGAUAUGACUCAUGGCCGUGAAGUUAUGCUAAUAGCUUUAGCCAUAUGAGUAACACGCUAUCCUAACUUUGCCAAAAUUUUUUACUUUGGCCAAAUAUUGGCGUGCUGUUUCGUAACUUGGUGGAAACAAAUUCAAUAUCUGUAGAAACAAUUUAGUGCUUGCUCUGCAUUUGCGUUUGAACUUAAAGUCACCUUCAAGUGUGGAGAAUAUUUGUCAAGAUGAUCAAUCUGUUCUGUAUCCUUCUCUGAUCAGAAUCAACUCAUCUACUUCAUCAUCUUUCAUUGGCAUUUUAUACAAGACUUCAAUGUGAUGUAUUGCUAUCAGCUUAUCAUGCAAAUGCAGUGGUCACAAUUUAUGAACUCAGCACUGUCAUACGGGCAUCCAACACCAAUGUCAGCACGCAAAUAUGCAUUUUUAUUUCACAUAGCAGCAGUUGGCAUACUCAGGAAGCAGAAUAUUAUUAUAGCGCCAGGUAGUCAGGUGGUAUCGUGAACACACGCAACAUCAUCAUAUCCGCAAUAACAGCAGGCACUCUCCAUCUAAAUAAACAGGCAUAGGCUCCUUUUACCUAGCUAAACAAUACUAUCUCUGACAUUGUCUAUGCAAGGGUGGGUGGUAUCCAUAUGUAGCCGUGGGUCUGCAUGUACCCAACUUUCUCACUCAGUUCAUCAGCUUCCUUGGGGCCUCGGCUGCCAGGUUGGUAUGGAAUAGCCUUCAGCCUGCCUGCGUCGAUGUCGUGCAACAGGGGCGUGAAGAUCUGCCAAGCAGCCUGAAAAACGGGGAUGAUGGACCAUGUUAGGGAGAAAUGGAAAUGGAAGAAGGGCUCCGAAAUACAAGUCAGGUUUGAGGUUUCUCCUCAGGGCUUUAGAUAUGCAGGGUGAUAAACCUUUAGCUCAUCUCGGCGAACGAAGUGCUGCUGGUCUCCUCUUAUCCUGUAGAAAUAUGGGUACUAAUCAAUGCAUAUGGUCACAAGGCAUAAAAUGUGCCGAAUCGUAUGUGUUGACGAUGAAUUGGAAAAAAAAGGGGAUCUUUUUAAAGAGGGAAAAUUUGAACAAUCAGAAGGAUGAUACGCACGUAUCCAAUAUGAGCCGUUCAUAUGCCUCUGGAAUUUUGACAUUUUGGUAUCGCAUCCCAUAUGAUAGAUCAAGUUCACUCUGCUCAGUGGCCAUCUCUAAUCCAGGUUUCUUGACCUGGAAAAAUUCAUGCACUAGUUAAUAUUGUAUCACAAACACUCAAAAAUGUGAUCAAAUUUCACUGAAGUAGGGAAGUAUUUUUGGAGCCAAGGAGACAAGGAGUAUUAGAUAUUACACAGAUAGCUUAACUUACAGUAAGUUUCAUGUACAUGGCUUCUGAUGGCUGGAGACGUAUGACGAACUCAUUUCUACCUUGCCUUUUACCUU